GGCAGCAGCCGCCAGGCGCUCCGGCCCGCGGAACUACAGAGGUGGCGCACGGGCCGCGAGGCUCUUCCGCAUCGCCUUUCCCUCCCCGGCGGCGCGCCGCCCCAGCUAUCAUGGCGGCUCCCUUGGCCCUGGUGCUGGUGGUGGCUGUGACUGUGCGGGCGGCCUUGUUCCGCUCCAGUCUGGCCGAGUUCAUCUCCGAGCGGGUGGAGGUGGUGUCCCCACUGAGCUCUUGGAAGAGAGUGGUUGAAGGCCUCUCACUGUUGGACUUGGGAGUGUCUCCAUAUUCAGGAGCAGUAUUUCAUGAAACUCCAUUAAUAAUAUACCUCUUUCAUUUCCUGAUUGACUAUGCUGAAUUGGUAUUUAUGAUAACUGAUGCACUCACUGCCAUUGCCCUGUAUUUUGCAAUCCAGGACUUCAAUAAAGUUGUGUUUAAAAAGCAGAAACUCCUCCUUGAACUAGACCAGUAUGCCCCAGAUGUGGCCGAACUCAUCCGAACGCCAAUGGAAAUGCGUUACAUCCCUUUGAAAGUGGCCCUGUUCUAUCUCUUAAAUCCCUACACGGUCUUAUCUUGUGUUGCCAAGUCUACCUGCGCUAUCAACAAUACCCUCAUUGCUUUCUUCAUUUUGACCACAAUUAAAGGUAGUGCCUUCCUCAGUGCUAUUUUUCUUGCCUUAGCAACAUACCAGUCUCUGUACCCACUCACCUUGUUUGUCCCAGGACUCCUUUAUCUCCUCCAGCGGCAGUACAUACCUGUGAAAGUAAAGAGCAAAGCCUUCUGGAUCUUCUCUUGGGAGUAUGCCAUGAUGUACGUGGGAAGCCUAGUGGUAAUCAUUUGCCUCUCCUUCUUCCUUCUCAGCUCCUGGGAUUUCAUCCCUGCAGUCUACGGCUUCAUACUUUCUGUUCCAGAUCUCACUCCAAACAUUGGUCUUUUUUGGUACUUCUUUGCGGAGAUGUUUGAGCACUUCAGCCUCUUCUUUGUGUGUGUGUUUCAGAUCAACGUCUUCUUCUACACCAUCCCCUUAGCCAUAAAGCUGAAGGAGCACCCUAUCUUCUUCAUGUUCAUCCAGAUUGCCAUCAUCUCCAUCUUCAAGUCCUACCCAACAGUGGGGGAUGUGGCCCUCUAUAUGGCCUUCUUCCCCGUGUGGAACCAUCUCUACAGAUUCCUGCGGAACAUCUUUGUCCUCGGCUGCAUCCUUAUUGUCUGCUCCCUGCUCUUCCCUGUCCUGUGGCACCUCUGGAUUUACGCAGGAAGUGCCAACUCCAAUUUCUUUUAUGCCAUCACACUGACCUUCAACGUUGGGCAGAUCCUGCUGAUUUCUGAUUACUUCUAUGCCUUCCUGCGGCGAGAGUACUACCUCACUCACGGUCUCUACUUGACGGCCAAGGACGGCACAGAGGCCAUGCUUGUGCUCAAGUAGGCCUGGCUGGGCACAGGGCUGCACGGACUUCAGGGGUGGACAGGCCAAAAGCUGGGCCAAGCCCUCCAGCCAGAAUUGCCAGCAGGCAAGUCCUCAGGCAGAUGAGGUUCAAGUCCAGGGUCACAAUCUUGGCACCAGAGGAGAGCCAAGGCUGGCAGCAAGGCCUGUGGGGCUUUGCCAGGCGCACCUCCACUUGGACCCACAGUUCUUGGCUCUGCGCACAAAGGAGCCCCCUCCCAGACACGAAAGGGGAGGAAGCAGGGGAGCAGGGUUUGUUAGGUUGUUGACUUAAUAAAUUUUUUUUGGUAUGAAGUCUA